AUGGAUAAUAACCGCUAUCGUGACCAGAGGAAUGGAGGAGGCGGACGUGGAGGAGGCUAUGAUCGACGUGGUCCAUCGCAGCAUAACAACGAUAAUCGCGGCGGGGGAGGUCGUAAUAACUAUGAUGGAGGGAAUCGCGGAAAUGGUUAUGGUGGUGGUGGUGGGGGAGGGGGAGGUGGUGGUGGAGGUCGUUACAAUGGAAAUCAUAAUAACGGAUAUAACGAUCGAAAGCGAAGUGGUGGUGAUUAUGGUGGUGGCGGCCGUGAUUACGAGCCAAGACCUUCUAAACAAAAUUAUCAGCCUAAACAGGAAGAGAAGAUUCCACUGUUAGUUUGUAAUUAA